AGGCUGAUUUUGAAUGCAAGCGAGUUAAAGAUAAACUCGUGCAGCUGCAGGGAGAAAACGAGGUAGGAUAAACAACUGUUCUUGUCCGGGUCGAACAUGACUUUGUAUAAUGAUGUUUUGUAACAGGUCACUAACGUAAUUGGCUCACGCUGUGUUAGUGUUCCUGAACCGUCUUCCUGUUUGUAUAUGUAUAUUUCGGUUGACGGCUGAAGUUAAUAAAUAUAAAAAAAAAAUAUGACUUAGUAAUCACAGCACAUUGUUUUGUACGGUGUUUAUAUAUGUUUCGCGAUUUUAGCGUUUGAAACAAGAAAGAAAUGCUCUUCGAGAGAAAAAUGAAGAACUAACACUAAGUGAAGUAUCGAGAACAACUGGAGGGAAAUCAACAUUGUCUGAAGGCUCAGAUAGUAAUGGAUUGUUUAUGGCUGAUUUACCGCCGGAAGCAAGGUUAGUCCAGUAAACUAGCAUACCAAAAAAUGUGGAGUAUCGUUGUUGAAAUGGAUUGUUUAUGGCUGAUUUACCGCCGGAAGCAAGGUUAGUCCAGUAAACUAGCAUACCAAAAAAUGUGGAGUAUCGUUGUUGAAAUAGAAUGUUUAGCGGAAACAAAGCCUAUUCUGACAGAGUCCUCUCUCGGUGUUUUCCACAAUGUCCAUUAUAUUAAAAAAUGUAUUAAAACCAACACGUCAAUUUGUGGCAAAAUAAUUCAAAUUGCACAAGACAAGUAUAGAUUAGAAACAAUUCUCAAUAUCCGGACAGCGGUCACGUAAUUUCCGUCGAAUAAUGGAGAUAUUCAGAGUUACCGAAAAAUGUAUGUUGGGCGCUGUAGCACCUAGCCCCGAGCGCGUUGGGCAGCUCGUUGCCGAGACCAGUGAGACCAAUACUCGCGGUAUUUUGGUCGUAUAUGUUAAAAUAUUAGUAUGGUAUGCAUUAUUCAUUUCGAGAUUUUUUCGGCAUUUUUUUUUUGACUAUUUUUUUUGUUUGCACUUGAUCGUCGAUGAUUGAUACUACCAUCGUCGAUGGCUUAAGAUCAGUACCUAUGAAAGCACUACUAAGGUAUAUUUAUCUUUACCUUCAGAGAAAGGAUUAUUGUCCUGGAACAUCAAAAUAAAAAACUAAAAGAGCAAUCAGCCGGUCAAGAAUCAGAGGAGGUAUAAACAAUCAUUAUACCAGAACCAGUAUUGUAUAAUUAUUACUAUAUAUUGAUACUUAAAAUAUUGUUUUAUGCCAGAUCUUUAGUGAUCUUCCUGUUAACGUUCUAGACUCAGUUAUUAAAGAGCUUGUUAGAAGACGCAAAUGCUGCCAAGGAACAAUUGAAAAAAGAAACGAGGUCUGUAUUAUUGUUUAAUGACAGAAUGACUGAGCAGUUAUACUUAUUCGUUAGAGUGUGGUGAACUAUUUAGUUAAGAGUCGAAAUCCUAGUAUCGUACUGCUAUUUUUCCUGAUAUAGAGUACUAGUUAACACCAAGUGUUUUUAAUAUUAGGGAGUUAAAUCAACGAAAUAUGGAGAUUGAAAGUGAACUGGAAGAAAUGAGGAAUCAACAAAGUAGUCUACGAGAAGAGAAAGAAAAUGAGCUACAACAGAAAUAUAUGGAUCAUUUGUGAGUGUUAUAGCAUUGCAAGUUAUAGCAUUGCAGUAAAUUGCUGUACAUGUAAACUAAUUUAAAAACUGAACUAAACUAACCAUUUAUACGGGAUGACUCCGUCAGUUGUAAACUGUUUUUAUGCAUAAAGGUUUAUUGAGGAUCCAGUUAUAGGUCCCCAGUGUUACUACAGGAGGAAACCAAAGCAUCCAGAGUAAACCUGCAAUAAAAGAAAACCUGAAAUAUAAUUAGUGAACUACUGUACAUGUUGCAGGAAUCAAGCCUCGAUCGUAGCUAUAGGGCCAUAUAUAUAUAUAUAUAUAUAUAUAUAUAUAUAUAUAUAUAUAUAUAUAUAUAUAUAUAUAUAUAUAUAUAUAUAUAUAUAUAUAUAUAUAUAUAUAUAUAUAUAUAUAUAUAUACGGUGAUAUAUAUUGAAAGAGUGGCGAAGUGGUUAGCGCACUUGCCUUUCACCUCUAAGGUAGCUGGUUCAAGCCUCGGUGAGAACUUCUCAAUGUGACUCGAACCCAGUCCUCAUGUGAAAAGAGUAAAAGUCAACGCUCUGCCGAAAGUUGUGGGUUUUCUCUGGGUACUCCAUGUUUCCUCCCAAAGGGAAAGUUGACAGGUUGGGUUAGGCAUUAGCUCUGGAGGCAGAUCAUUAAUGAGGUAUGGACUAAUAGCGGCUGCUCAAGCGCCAUUUGUAAGCUCAAAGUCUGCCUCGGUCUGCUUCACGUCAGUCCGGUUCUCUCUAUCUAUUCACAAUGUAACCAGUCACUGAAAAGCCCUGAUAAGGAGUGUGCUGUGAAAUAUCUGUAUACUAUGUUUGGAUAUAACUCACUGCACAGUCUCGCAUAUCACUCCGUGUAAUAGUUGGUUUAAAAAAUAUCUCUUUUAUUCAGACAAAAAUUAAAAGACGCUAAUGAUGAACUUCAAAAGAAGAAAACGUACAUGGAAUCACUUGAACCUCGAACCACUGCAACAGGUUGGGCUUCACUCAUGUCUUAUCAUAAAAAUUGUUUAACUUAUAUAGAUCUUCGAUAUUCUAUAUUUUCAUAUUUAGCGGAAAAGGUAAAUGAGUUACAAGAUUUGUUGAGUAAAAAAGAUCAAGAAAUGAAAGCUAUGGAAGCCAAAUACAAGAAAUAUUUAGAAAAAGCAAAAAGUGUAAGUUGCAGUGCAGUACUCGUGUUGCUGUAUUUAUGUGCCACAAUAUUCUGUUAAUCUGAAGUGUUUUAAUAAUUUCUCCUUUUCUAGGUCAUUAAAACGCUGGAUCCCAAGCAAAAUGGUCCUGGAAAUGCACCAGAGGUAUUAUUUUACAUAAAAAAGUCCAUCAAUACUAUGCACGAAACUGCACGAUGAUGAGACUCAUCUCUCGAUACGUAUGCGUACUCAUCUCUCGAUACGUAUGAUAUUGAUACGUAUGCCUCACAUAAAAUACAUAAGAAAAGACAUGGCUGAACGACUUUUUUAUUCAGUGAAAUUUUUCUGAUGAUUGGAAUACGAAAAAUGUAUUUAUACUGUAGCAACAUUAUAUUGAAAUUGGGUUGUAACCAUUGUAACAUAUAAUGGGGACGUUUUAUUGUAACGUCUUUGCAUCGAGGGGUUCAGAUUUGACUACCACUACCUCUCACUGGCUUAGUACGCAUCUGAUUGGUUAAUUGGAUAUAUCAAACCCAUGUGAUUGGUUAAUGAUCCCGUAAUGGUAGUGGUAGUGGAAGUCAAAUCUGAACCUCUCUGUUAUUUGGAGUGUCUUAUUUAUCUGUAUUAACAGUGUCUUGUGCACUGAAAUGUUUUACCCUCUGUAAAGAUUUUGUAAUAAAUAAAUUCAAUACCCAUUGCAAUGUAUACAGAUAUCCCUUGCAUAAAAACAGUGACCUGAAUGCUGGAAGCUUAUAAUGGAAUUAUUUAACUAUUAUAGAUUGAUACAUUAAAGAACCAACUUCAUGAAAAAGAGAAAUUUAUAGAACAUUUAGAGGUAAUUAUUUCAUUAUUUGAUACCAUGGCUGCAAUCGUCAACAUAACUGCUUGACACCCAUGAUUUAUAUUUUCACCUAUAAAAACAUGUCUUCAUUUUUCAACGAAUUUGUACUUCCAAUCGCUUGUUAUGGAUUCCCAAACUAGUUUAGGAUUCCGCCCUAAUAUUUGGGCCAAAAUACCAGCCUCGUACCCAGGGCUCUGUACAGAAGGUGCCCUGAAUCCACACACGACAUGUUGAGAAGGAGUAGUCAUCCUCGUCCAGUUCUCCAAGCUCCGCCCCCUACCCCCGCACGCUCAGUUCGACUUUACUUUUAGCGCGUGGAUAGGAGCCUAGUAAAAUACACAAUAGAGAGCUCAAUAGGCCUUUCCCCUUAUGAGUGAAAUUUUGGUCUAGAUAUGCCUGGACAAAAAUUUCACCACAGCUUGAAAGAGCAUCCCAAAAUUAGUAAUAUUCCGAGUUUCGUUGCGAAAUGUUGUAAAAUGCGGAUAAUAUAGUCUUGCGAAGUUUGCAAUUUUUCAGUCAUUGUGGGAAAUUGAUAAUCAGUUUGAUCAUCUGAUUAUCAAUUUCCCGUGCGUAAUACCAAAUGACUGAAAAACGGAAAACUUCGCAAGGCUAUAUUAUCCGCAUUUUACAACAUUUCGCAACGAAACUUCGGAAUAUUACUAAUUUUGUGAUGCUCUUUCAAGCUGUGAUGAAAUUUUUGUCCAGACUUGUCUAGAUCAAAAUUUCACUCAAAAGGGGAAAGGUCUAUUAAGCGAUCUCGAUUCGUAUGGGUCGUUCGGUUUGGACACAGAAUAGGAAGGUAUAGCAGAAGCGUAACUCAAGCAAGUAUUUGUCCGCGUUUUUACAAGCGAUUCGUCAUCAAUCACGCCAUCCUGGCUAGUACAACCGGCACUUUGUACCUACCAAAACCUGAUAAAAACUUCCGGCUGUACUAGCCAGGAUGGCGUGGAUUGGCGUGAGCGAGUUAAAAUUUUCGUGGACGUAAAACAAUAAGGGAAACGACUAGAGUUACGCUUCUGCUAUAACUUCUUAUUCUGUGGUUUGGAUGUCUUUUUGGUGUUUUUUUAGCUCCAGCUUGUGCUAAUUCCAAUUAGCGAACGUAAUCAACCGAUGUCCACUCCAAUUAAUGAAUUACAAUUAGCAAACGUAAUAAAUCGUACGGCACGCGCCUAUUAUGUUUCCGGAAAUUCUGUCGCGCUAUCUGGCUAUCUGAUCUCUCUGGACUAAAUUGUAUUCUUUCAAGAACAGUAAAUUUGAAAUGUAUUUGUUUAUUUUUCAAAGAUCCCUGUAACAAGGCCACGAGUGUUUGAGCGCUCACUCCAGUAAUGAGCAGCACUUUUUCAUGGGCGUCUGAAAAGACACGAAAUAACCCAGUCAUUUUCCCGUUUUGUCUAUUUGAGAUCGUCAAAUUUGAGGCAGUAAUUUCCUUGUGAUAAUAACUUUUAGUUAAUGUAUUAUUAUAGCGCGAUCAUGAAAAGAUGAAAGUAACUCGUGAACGAGAAGAGAAAUUAAUGGUAACAGCUUGGUACGAAAUGGUAUGUUUGUGCUUUUCUUGUCUUUUCUAAAUUAGGAUGCAGGAUUUGACCGUGUCAAGUAAUACUUUCGUGGACUGUUGUGUUAGACAAUAUCCAGUGUUAUCCAAUAUCCUGUGUUAUCCAAUAUCCUGCGAUAGUCUAUCUGGCCACUUACCAAUGAUGUUUGGUCCAGUUGGAAAUAUCGUCUUCAACAAUUUGUUACAUUGACGAAGUCUUCUCCGUACGUGAGAAGGUGCCCUGAUUAUUUGUGGUUACAUGUUUUAGACAGUGCGUGUACACAGGGAAUAUGGGUGAAUCAAUAUACAACAUUGUCACACUACUUGCCGUAAUUCCUGGACUGUAAUUUUUAAACUCAUUUUAGUUUAAUGCAUUACAAGUUUGCCUUACAGUUGCUUUCACAAACCUUUGGCCGCAAAUUUUGUGAAGGUUGUUUUUUGCAGCCUAGAUCUAGGGCCUUCCAAUUUCUCUUUUGUGCGAAUGUUUGUUUUAUGUUCUUUCCGUUUGCGAUCUCCGUGUAGCUAUCGAGAAAAAAACGGAAAAUGAGGGGGGAGGGCAGGGCAGGAAAAACAAGACGUCAUGAAGUCGAUUAACCUGCAAUCAACUAUGCACUGCUUGCCGAGUAAAGGCUAGAAAGUAAAGGCCCAAGGUAUAGCCUGUGUGUUUGGUAAUUUCAAAUAUUUCGUUGCAAAAUUGGCAGGUUGGUUGGUACGUAUUUUUGAAAUGUGAUCAGGAACUUCACAAUUGGCUAAACAGAACAUGUAAAAUAACCAAUGUCGUCUCUCCCUCACAAAAAUUAUUCAAAAGUCUAUUUAAUACUUUAAAAUUCUUGGCAGUCAUGUGACCACAAAUAACUUGGGUACUCAUAUAAAAGGACGUUAUGAGGUUGCAGACCUGAAAGAAACGUGCAGGAUCUUGGGAUCCUGAGAAACAUUUACCUUGGCACGACUUUUUUUUCAAUUUUUCACACAUACGUUAUGGGAGAAUCUUUAAGAAUCAUUAUAUCACACUUCCUUUAUCUCUACACACACAUUUCGUUUUGAAUCAUAUCACACUUCUUUUAUCUCUACACACACACACACUUCCUUUUGAAUCAUUAUAUCACACUUCCUUUAUCUUUACACACACACUUCCUUUUGAAUCAUUAUAUCACACUUCCUUUAUCUCUACACACACACUUCCUUUUGAAUCAUUAUAUCACACUUCCUUUAUCUCAUUUGAGAUUGUGAAGGGUUGUUCAAUGUUCAAAUUUGGCGUAAUGUCAAAUUUAUUGUUUUUACGCACUUUUGAGGAACAUUUGGAAGAUACAAAUUCAGGGGCCGGAACGUUAAACACUUUUUCCAGGUCUGUGCUGUUGCAGUCUGUUUAUCGGAUACUAUUAGCUUCUCAGAUAGAAAUUUCCCUUAUUGCAUUUACUGUAAUAUCUAAUGUAAUUUAGUAUAUUCUUUGAUCGAUUAUAAUUGUCCUGUCGAUAAUUGCGUCACAAAUCUCUUCUUGGUCCGGGAGCCAUGUUCUCAUGAAUCAUGAGCAAAUUGCCUUUCGUCUUGAUUCAUAAGUGCGAGUGUCCCAAGUCAAGGAAGUAUACUUGACGUAAUUAUCGAAAAGGUGUAUUUGUGGUAUUUUCCAGGCCAUGCAACUUCAUAAGAAAGCCGCAGAAGAAAGAUUAUCUGGCAGUACAGGAAUGUCUUUCUUAGCAAGACAACGCCAAGCAGCAGGUCGAAGAUCAUCGAAUACAAAACAAGCACAAACCACAUCUCCACGAUAAUGUACGUUGAAAUACGGCAAAUUUAUUAUGCCUUGGUUUGUGUCAGCAUUAUUUGAAAAUACUAAAAUGUGAUGUUUGUAUGCCCUGCUAACAUUUUGACGAAAGACCAUGCUCCAAACAUCGAAGGGCUUUUACAGUCGUGCCAAUAGAAGCGUUCCGAAAAAUGUUGAACAAUUCAUUUCCUAACUUGAAGGAACACCUCUGAACAAUUCCUCAACAAUUUGAUAAGUUUCUUAAAAAGUUCCUAACUUCCUGUUUCAUUGACCAAUCAAAUUUUAUAUUUUAGUUUUGAGCGAUCUGAUUGGUCAAUGAAACAGGAAGUUAGGAACUUUUUAAGAAAAUUAUCAAAUUGUUGAGGAAUUGUUCAGAGGUGUUCCUUCAAGUUAGGAAAUGAAUUGGUCAACAUUUUUCGGAACGCUUCUAUUGGCACGACUGUAAUCAUUUUCUGACAGUUCAGACUCACUGCACUCCUACCAUGAAUGAAUAAGUAAAAAAUGAAAAAUAGGUGGUCAAGCAGGAAAUUAUCGAACAUUUGACAUUAUUUUGACUCUAUAUGUGGGUGUCAUGCUGACAUAAUACUGUCGAAGAUGUAGGUGAAGUGUCAGAUGAGUGCAUGAACCCUUCGUGGGUUCGAUUCCUGCGGUGCGCGGUUGUCUGAUCAAAUGUUGUCGCAUGUGUGAAAAGUUGUUCCAGUUUGAACACCACCUUUUCCCGGGCACUCUGGUUUUGUAGUGUACUAUUAGCUAUAACACAGAUUUGCUCGCAAAAGAUACGCAUUGGAGACAGGUGGGGCUCCAGGGGCAUGUUUACCUUCAUUUUUCCCCUUGAGAACGUGCAGGUAUAUGAGGCAGCGCUUGGGGUAGUAACUCGCAGAUAAUUAGUAUUUUUAUAAUUUUAGAAAAUUGAGCGCUACGAACCUUCAAUCAGUAUGUCAUACCAAUGUAUUGAACUAAAACUGUAGACUGGCGUGAGUUUGCUUCCAUUUAAUUCACAUUGUAAAGGUUUGGAAACAAAUUCCUGUGUAAACAUCUUGUGUGAAACAUCGCAUAUGAGAUGUACACCAUGUGUGAAAAAUUUUAGCUAUAUAUUUUAAAUUAAUAUUUUGCACAGUUUCUGUACAUCUAACAUAAACAUAUAUGACGUUCUCUUAUGCGUAGGCUAUAUAAAUAUGUAGAUUGUGGGACUAAAUAAUGUAUAUUUUUACUAUAAGAAAGGAUUAAGUAAAACCUUAGAUUGUGGACUUGUGACUUAUGUUUAAAUCGAUUUAGAUUUUUAGGUCACUGAAAAAGCCAUUAUACCUUUAUGGAGUGAUUACACUUUUUAAGGUGUAAAAGAGGUUGAUUAAAAGAGGUUGAUUACAUGG